AUGAAAAACCAACUUGCUUCUGUACUCAUAUUGAUCUGCAUUGUCUUCUCCAAACUAACACAUGCCAAGUCCAUAAUAGAACCAUGCACCUCUUCAGGAACCUGCCCUUCUCUCCUCUCCUAUGUUCUCCCUUGGGACUCAAAGCUCUCCGAGAUCGCCUACCGCUUUCAGGUAAACGUUUUUGAUAUAAUGGCAGCCAACUCCAUCAACAUCACCACAUCAUCAUCAGUGGGGAACCGGAUUUUAGGUGCAAGGUCUCAACUCAAAGUUCCCAUUUCGUGUUCAUGUGUGGAUGGUAUCAGGAGGGUUAUGUUGUCCUACAUGGUUCGAGCAGCUGAUAGCUUGGAUCUGAUAUCAGAAGGUUAUGGCAGGCUUGUGAGUGGUGAACAACUUAGGACUCUGAAUGGGAUUAGUUCCAAGAAUCCACUGACGAGCGGUCAAAGCAUUUUGGUGAAGUUGCCAUGUACUUGCUUUAACAAUAGUAAUAAUGGGGUUACUUCAGUGUUUAUGUCGUAUGUGGUGCAGAGUGGGGAGAGCUUGAGCAGCAUAGGAAUGGAGUUUGGGACAACUGUGAUGGAGUUGGUCACCGUUAAUGUUCUGGGCCAACCGACGGUUGACCCUGGUGACAUAUUGGCUAUUCCAAUUUCAGCAUGUUCAUCUGUAAAUCUUAACUGGUACAAUGAGAGCUUAAUAGUUCCAAACGGUUCAUAUGCCAUAACAGCCAGCAACUGCAUCAAGUGCAUAUGUAGGCCGAGCACCCUGACCUUGCAGUGUUUCCCAUCUGGGAUUGUCAAUGGAUGCUCACAUUUGCAAUGCAAAGGAUCUAAUCUUUUCAUUGGAGAUGUUUCCAUUGACCGAACAGCUACUGGUUGUAAUGUCAGCACCUGUGUGUAUAGAGGCCACAAUGGUGGCAAAAUUUUCAGGGGCUUAGUAAAUUCUUCUCAGUCCCAUUGCUCAGAUGACGAAGAUUACAGCAGAGAAUCACCAGUGGCAUGUCCUAAUAGUCCUGCAGUCCCAUACAUAUCACUACCUCCUUCACAAUCACCAUUUCCUAAUCCAAAUAUUGGAACAGCUGCCUACGGUCCUUCAGGUGAACAAAAUCCCAGUAGUGCACCCACGUACAGCAGCUUGCUCCAUAAAGCUCCAUAUUAUAGUUUUUGGGUCGUCCUCUGCUUUUUCUUGAUAUAA